AUGCCGUCGACGGUGCCCACCCCAGUGCAGUCUGCGGCUCCUCAGCUCCCCGAGGUCCCGGCCCAACGUGCCACCAACGUCGUCAUGGCGUCCCAUGGCCGUGGCCCAUGGUAUACCCCGGACGGCAAGAACAUUCCCGCCUACGUGAUCGGUAUCGCUGGUGGAAGCUCCAGUGGCAAGACCUCUGUUGCUCGCGCGAUCCUCAAGGCCCUCGACUACAUCCCCUCAGUCCUUAUCCUCAGCCAGGACGCGUUCUACAACUGGCACACCCAGGAGGAGAUUGACACUGCGUUCAGGAAUGACCUUGACUUUGACCACCCGGACGCGAUUGACAUGAAGCUCUUUGCAAAGUGCCUCGAUGACCUGAAGCACGGCCGCUCGACGGAGAUCCCUGUUUACUCUUUCGUCCACCACCAGCGCAUGCCCGAGAAGAAGUACCUCUAUGGCGCGAGCGUCAUCAUUGUGGAAGGUAUCAUGGCCCUUCAGGCUCCUGAGAUGCGUGAACUGUACGACCUCAAGGUGUUCGUUAACUGUGACUCGGACCUCAUGCUUGCCCGUCGUAUUCGCCGCGACACGGUUGAGCGUGGGCGCGACGUGAAUGGCAUUUUGGAUCAGUACCUUCGCUUUGUCAAGAGCAGCUACGACAACUUUGUGCAGCCCUCGUCCAAGUAUGCCGACAUUAUUGUGCCGGGUUACAACAACGACACAGCCGUUGACCUCAUCGUCACACACGCCAAGCGCCAGCUUGAAGCUCGCACUCUGAGUUUCCGUGGCAGGCUUGCCAGCCUCGAGGAUCUCGCCCCCGCGUGCAACGGCGAUGAGGAGAAGCACAUCACUCUGCUUCCUCAGACCAACCAGUUGACCGGUAUCAUGACAAUUCUGCGCGAUGCCACUACCACUCGUCCCGACUUCAUCUUCUACGCAGACCGCCUGUCCACUUUGAUUGUGGAGCACGCCCUCACCUUCCUACCUCACUCUCAGCGGGACAUUGUCACUGGCAAUGGUGUCCCAUUCACUGGCAUCGCCAAUUGCGACGACUCCAUCGUUGGCGUCUCCAUCCUCCGCUCCGGCGGCCCCUUCUCGCACGGUCUUCGCCGCGUGAUCCGAGACGUGCCCCUCGGAGCCAUGCUGAUUCAGUCGGACCCGCACACAGGCGAGCCACUGCUCCUCAACACCACUCUGCCGAUUGCCUUGCGCAGUGCCGAGACCGCGGCGGGCACUCACGUCUUCUUGCUCGACUCACAGAUGGGUACCGGCGCUGCUGCGUUGAUGGCCGUCCGCGUCCUGCUCGACCAUGGCGUCCCAGGUGAGUCUAGUGUUACCCGGUCGAGGAAGGGCAUGUUGGCAUGUUGUGGUGGAAAGCCAAGCUUGGCAAGCUUGGCGAGCGAUCUGCGACCCGGUUCGUCUAUUGUUCUCGUCUUGUCGCUCCUGCAUGCCCAGGAGGAUCCGAAGGCUUUGAGAGCUGCGAGACGGCCUUCGGUGGCGUCCGGAGGCGGAUUAUGGGGAAUGUUGCACGUGGGCAAUAACCCAAUCUGGCUGUGUGCCCAGAAUGUCGUGGGCAUGCACGGCGUGCGCGGCACCGUGCCGUGGUGGCCCAAACUGCAAAACUGGUUCAUGGCUGGCGGGCUCCGCGGUGUGUGCGGAGUAGAACCAAAUCACCUUCCUGGCCUUCCUCGUCUCCCGGCCGGCCGUGCACACCCUGCGCCGCGCCUUCCCACAAGUGCGCAUCGUCACGGCCGCGCUCGACAGCGAGCUCAAAGAGGUCCACCUGCCGCUCCUGGCCGGCACAGCGCCGAGGACGUGGACCCCGCGGGCGCGAGCGCGCGCAUGCGCCGGUCGGGCAGCGGCGAUGGCGGUGUGCCCAAGGAGAAGAUUGCGUGGGUCGUCAGGCCCGGUAUGGGCCACAUUGGUGACCGGUACUACCUCAACUAA